AGAAAUUGUGAUUACGUGUGCUUAGUACGAUCGCGAAGAAGAGUAUGUAUUAGCGAUUCAAUAUCGCAGGUGUUAAUCGCUGUAUCUACCGCUGUAACGUAUGCGUGUAUAAGUUGGGUUAGAUUAUUUGGCUGACUGUGGGUGUCGGCAGAUGUCACAAGUGCGGAGAGACUUGGUGACGGAAGUUUCGUCCUCGCGUGUGCAAAAUUUUCAUCAUUUGUGUAUACUUUCCUCACUUAUUGGAUAAAAUUGAUUCGCAUUAUGGCUACGAAUACUCAGGAGGAGGUUGAGGAAGUAGAGAAAAUGGAGCCCGAGGCAUCCAAUUUAGAGGAGUUUCCACCCGAGCUAUUGAUAAAGCAUCCGUUACAGCAUACAUGGACGCUAUGGUAUUAUGAGCCAGAACAUAGUAAGGUGUGGCAAGAUCGUCAACGUGAAGUUACAAGUUUUGAUACGGCCGAAGAUUUCUGGAGUUUAUAUAACCAUAUGAAACAAGCAUCGGAACUGAGGAUAGGCAAUGAUUAUAGUAUGUUCAAACAAGGUAUUCAACCAAUGUGGGAAGACGACGCUAACAAACACGGUGGAAGAUGGUUAAUUAAUUUAGAUAGAAAACAGAGAUUAACUGAAUUAGAUCGUUUUUGGCUGGAAACUUUACUUUGUAUGAUUGGUGAAGGUUUCAAUGCAUACUCAGAUGAUGUUUGCGGAGCGGUAGUUAAUAUUAGGAUGAAGCAAGAUAAAAUAGCUGUGUGGACAGCAAAUGCGUCUAAUCAGUCGAGUGUUAUGGAAAUUGGACGAAAAUUGAAAGAGCGAUUAAGGAUUCCACCUUCUAUCAUAAUAGGAUAUCAGGCACAUAAGGAUAAUAAGAAUAAACCAGGCAGUGUAAUUAAAAAUAUUUACACAAUUUAAAGUGAAAGUGCACUAUUAUUACAUCUUUAUUUGUAUUACGUUUUAUGGAUCGUAAAA